AUGAACACAGUUCGAGCACGGAAGAGAGUGGACUUGCACGCUGCCAAAGUUUCCGCCAUUACCAUUACCAUCUUCAUCAUUUCAUGGCUGCCCUACGCUACCUUGGCUCUCCUCUCUCUUAGCGGUUAUCGCUACUGUCUGACACCCAUCUCCGCCGAGGUGGCCAUGUUCUUUGCCAAGUCCAGUGCCGUCUACAAUCCCGUGGUUUAUGCAUUUAUGAAUGAAGGGUUUCGUGUUACGUUCAUCAAAAGGAUAUCUUGCCUGACUUAG